AUGCGGCGAUUGUUACCGAUUUUCCUGCUCUUUUCGAUUUUCGAUACAGUGGCUGCCGACUUUUUCGAGCACUAUUUCGGGUUUUUCUUUAAAUUCUGAUUUUUAAGCUCAUUAAAAAACUUGCUUCAGAAUUUUUUUAUAGACUUCCAAAGUUUCCAGUGUAAAUUUUUCGAACCUUUCGAUUUUCUAUUGUCUUUUUCACUAUGGAUAUGAAAAUAUUUCAAAAAAGUUUUUAACAUCAGAUUCCGCUUACAGAUUCAAUUUUAAAAUGUAAAACUCCCUCAAGAAAAUGAUAGUUCUAUCAAUUCACUUAUUUCGAAUUCGGUAGGACCCAAUUUCGAAGAUUACUGUAUUUUGCAGCACUAUUCGGAUUUUUUCUUGAAAAAAAGUUUAUGGGCUUUUUUUUGACUUACCUAUUUACACUCAGGAACGCCAAAGUGGUCCCUAGAGGGAAGGAUUUUAUAGGCUCCCCUCUAGGGACCAUAUUAGAACCCCUAUAGGGGUACCAGACUUGCAAAAUUGGCUACUUUCAACUUUCACUAUACGUCUCUUCAUGUUGAAAUCAUACCAAAAAAAAUUAGAAAAAACCCUGCCCGCCAAGCGUUUAGGGGCUCAUGUGCAGACUCAAGCCUCUAAGUAAGCUAUCUUUGUCCUUUCUAGCUGUAAUCCCCUAGCCUUUGGUGGCCACUUUACAAGGCUUCUUCUUGAAAUCGAGCUUCUGAAGAAAGGUUUUCAGUAUAGUCAAUGUUUCCCGACUUGAAAGGGGAGGAAGGCGAGGGCAAGGGGCGGGACGCGUAGCGUGUGCGCACGCGGUUCUUGGCGCCAGUUCAAUUCAAUCGCCGCCGACUAUGUAAAAAGCUCGGCGACCGCUCUUUCUCUGUAUUUUCUACUAAUUUUUGAUGCAAAAAUUAACAUAAUCAAUAAAUAAUUAAAAAAGAAGUGAAAAAGAGCGAUAAAUGAGCUCUCUCGAAUGCUCGCUGGCCGUUGAAUUGAACUCGUGCCAAGAACCGCGAACGCACACGCUACGCGCCCCGCCCCUUGCCCCGCCUCCCUCGCCUUUCAAGUCGGGAAACAUUGACUAUACCUGCUGUUCAUCAUUUAAUUUUUUUCAAUCACCAGAAGCCCCUGGAUUUUCGGUUUACUGUGCGCUUUCACGUUCGCCCUGGCUCUCUGCCUGGCUUUUGCCUGUUACGUCGACUUCCGUCAUUGGAAUAAUGGAAUAGGUAAGAAAAAUUAUCAGAAUAUAGUCAAUCCUUCCCGAGUUGAAAGGCGGGACGCGUAGCGUGUGCGUACGCGGUUAUUUUUUAGUGGAAGAAAAUGCGAAACCAAAAAUUAAGAGAGCGUGGUCAAAACUUCCAUGGAGAGAAACGCGUGAAAAACAGGAAAUAUUAAAGGCGCAUUCAAUGGGUCAUGAGACGAACCUAUUUCUCAUUAAAAAAGCCGAUUUUUCGGUUUUUUUUUUGUUUCAAAACACAUGCCGUGUUAGAAGUGAUUUCGCGAAAUUGAAAGUAGCCACCAGAGAGGGAAAAAUAUAACUGAAUUUUAGUUCGCGAAAAUUACGUUGAACGCGGUGUGUGCCAGAGCGCCGCAGUGUAUGCACACGACACACUACACUUCACGAAAAAUAUGCCUGACGUCGCCAAAAAAAAAACGCCGUGGCAAGAGUCCAAUUCAAGCGCCACCCACAUUUUAAAAAGCUCGGUUAUUGCUCUUUUUGUGUCUAUUCUACAAUUUUUUAUGCAGAAAUUUGAGAAAUCAAUAAAUAACCAAAAAAGAAAUGAGCGUUUAACGAGGCUCUCAAAACAUUUAAUAUUUAAUAUACUAAAUAUACUAUUUAAAUAGUCGCUGGCGGUUAAAUUGAACUCGUGCCAAGAACCGCGAACGCACACGCUACGCGUUCCGCCCCUUGCCUCGCCUUUCAAGUCAGGAAAAAUUGACUAUAGUUUCGAUGGAACUUGAUUCAGACAUGACGAACCAACUCCGGUAUCCAGAAGCUUCGGAACAAGAUUUUAUGGACUGUCUCCUGGAUCAGACUCAAAUUGAUGAAUCUGAGGUUUGGAACUUUACUCAAAUAACUGCUUGAUGUUAGUUAUCAUAUGAACGAAACAGCGUGUGCAAAUGAGAGGAUUCGACGAAUCUUUAUGAUAACAGUUUUGAACAUCAAAAGCAUUGAAAACUUUGUAAAUAUUAAUUUUGCUUUUUUUGCCGCUCAAACUCGUUCAAAUUAUUCUUUUUCAGUGUUUAUUUUUGCUGGUCCUCAUCUUUGGACAUUGUUCUAUCAUUUCCAAUAAUGAAAAACCAUCAUUACUGUGUUUUAGUGCGGAAAAAUAAACAAGAAGCUUUUUCUCUAAUUUUUUUACUGAUCUUUGAGACCGCGCCGCACCCUUGCAACGCCCACUUUUUUCGCGACCUCGACCAAAUUUUCUACAGAAAUUUUAAAUCGCGAUACGCGCGCUUUAAUGACUGUAACUUCGUUCAGAGUCGAUAUUUUUCCAAGAUCUCUUUUUUCAAAAGUUUUCAGGACUAUGGGCUACACGGCCAUAUGAAAAUCAUUGAAAUCUAAUGGUUUCUAGAAAACUGCCUGCGGUCUUUGUCUUUAUCCCCAAACGGGUAGUGAAAAUGAUAUGCAAUAAAUUAACUUCCUGCUUCCGGAGCGUUUGAAAAUUGCUUUUUGUGAAAAUAUUUUAAUAGGUCAUUUCGGUAUUCUGCAAAAGUCAGCCGCUUUUUUUGAAAAGUUUGAAGUUUUUGGUUUUUUUAUCCACUAAUUUAUCAAAAAGUGACAGAAAGGUCUGCUGAAUAAGAGAUUUUUUUCCUGAAAGUUCGCGCAAUUUUCGAUAAAAGACGCCUAAAAUGCCAAUUUUUUUCAUUUCAGGUCAAAAUCGGCUCCUCGGAAACGCUUCUCGACCACAACAGAAGAGAGCUCGAAAUGGCUUUGGAAAAGACUCAAAACAGCGAGGUUUUACUGUUUCAUUCUGGUUAUUAAGAGGUUUUCAAAUUUGUUAAAGCUAUUGUAUAGCUAAAAUAAAAUGACCGAAAAAUCAAUAAUUUUCGAUGACGUGAAAUAAAAUUUUCUCAUUUUUAAACCCCUUUUGUAAGUCGACUAUAAAUAGCCUAUCAAACAGAAUUCGGGGCUCACAGGCAAAAAUAAAAAGUCUGGAUGAGUCGAAAUUUCAAAUUUGUCCAUAAAAUCGGAAAAUUUCAGAUGCAACUCCCACCGGUUAGUAUCGGUUUGUCUACUGCGAGUCGAGAGAAAAAGCAACUGAGAAUUAUUCAAGGUUUAUUAUAUGUAUCUUAGGAGCGCCAGAGAGGUCCUUAGAGAGGUAAUCUUUAAGUGGCCCAAAUAGGGGUUCAAGGUUUGAUCCUUUUUUGAUAUUAUUUCAUUCAAAAAACGCUGAUUUAUUGAUUUUUAUGCAUGAAAAUGCCAUUUUAGAAUCUCCUCCAAGUAGCUCUUGAGCAAUCCCUUAAGUAGCCACUUGGGUUUUGACAGAAAUUCUAAUCUUCCAGCAAUCUACACCGCAUCGAACAGAGACGUUCCGGAUUUCAUCAAACAGGUCUUUUUGAGUCAAUUAUUUUAAAUUUGAACUGAUAUACCAAAUAAAUAUCUACCUAGAAGCCUAUGGUUACAUUUGGAAUGGAUGAAUCGAUUUGUGAAAAGCUUUUUUGUGCGUCCGACUCGAAACUACUUGCGCGCAGAUGCGUCAAAAACAUAAGAAAAAGUUUCUAAGUGUCUUUAAUCGAACCACAACGCGACGUGAGAUGUUCCGCUCAGGUCCAUAAUUGAUUUUUAAAGGCAUAGGGGCAGUAAAAAAUGGGGCAUUUUGCGAGAAAUGACCGGAUAUCUGCUUCAAAUCAAGGGUUUCUUUUCUGGAAAAACAUUAAGUCGAACAAAAAACAUACAGCGAUAAUAAAGAAAACACAAAAUAUCGCUAUCCCAAUCGAAACCUGUGUAAAAUCAUCAUUUUUCGCUAGAGAAGCAUUUUUGCGAUCAAAGUUUGCAACUUAUACAUGAACAGAAAGCUUUUGUGACGAAAAGAACUUUGGGGACAACACAAAAAAUUGAAAAUUGAAAGAAACGAAGAAAAAAUCGAAAAUCCGGAAGAUGACGAAACCUGUUGUCCAUAGAGCAACUUUACUGCAAAGCGCCCUUUUCGCGGGAACUCAAGCUUUCCUCUCGCCGACUUUGAAUUACUUUUUCUUUAAAACUAGGAACUUCUGUAGGUUUCCAAGCUCACCGUUCGAUUCGCAAUGAAAAACUCUACAAAAUACUGCUUUGAACUAUAACACCGUUUUUUACUGCCCCUAUGCCUCUACAACUGGCUGGAACGAAAAAUAAAUUAUUGAUUGAUUAAAAAAAAAGAAUAAACAACUCAAUUGACAGGGCCUCGUGGUAGAAGACGAGAAAGAACGGAAGCUCGAAAUGAUAAAAGAAGAAAACGAAGGGAUCCAAAUCACGUUACACGAUAUUCAUGGAAAGGUCUGCAUGAUCCUCCAUUUUUUCCAAAAAAAAAUCUUCAGGAAAUCCAAGAGGAGACGAAGAAGGAAGAAGGGACGAAAAAAGAGGAAGAUAAUAAAAAAGUUAAAGAAACUAAAAAGGAAGAGGAAACCAAGAAAGAAGAGCCGAUACCUUUGGAAGGUAAAGUUAUACUGGUCGCAUUUGGAAUGGCUUGAAGAUUUGCGGCGCGGUUGAAGUUGGAGCAGCCGCAACGCGUCGAGCCAUUCCCAGUGCGACCAGCGAGUUUUACUUCAAGAGUUUAUUUUUUUUUUCAGUUCUACCGAAAAAAGAAACUGAAAAAGAUAAGGAGAAGGAAAAGGGGAAAAAUCGCUCUGACGAGAAAGGAAGCUCAUGA